UUUUAUAACCAUUUAGCAAACUGGCAUUUAAAAACUCCACCUCAAGAGAGACAGUCAUUGAUGGCUUGAUCCACCCCACUGUUAGAAUCGAGCAAGGUGGUCGUGAUAGUUCGCUUUAUAUUCACCUAAUAAUCCGUUUUCUUCAUCGGGACGGAGAAAAAAAACAAACGUCAUUGGCGGCACAGCGGAUGGACUUGGCGAGUUUUCCCGCUCCACUUGGCAACCCGGGGGUGGCAAAGAGUGAGGAAGCACUGCUGCUGGAGAAGAUGCAAGGGAAUUGUUCCUCAGGUGAACGAUGACACGUUCUUCGCCGCGAUCCGCACUGGAAUAAUUCCAAGGUUUCGGGCAAGGGGCUUUGACUCGCUUUAAAAAGAAAAUUAAGCAUGCGGUAUGAAGCGGACUACGACACUUAUGCGGAUCCCCAGACAAUGCUCGAACACCGCGCAACUGGACUUUGUGGAGGUUAAAAGAAGAAGACGAGAUGUCCCUCUUGUCUUCGAGAAUCGUGGUGGAUAACUAAACUGCAAGUAUUUUUGUCUCGAAGAGACUCGGGAAAAAAAGCCUGCAUUCCCUCAGAGGAGUCUCCCAAACGGCCUCCAUGUUCCUCCACAGAGCUAUGAGUUCGUGCACAAGGAGAACGUCUGCUAAUCCUGCCACGUCGAUUCUCUCUCAGUAUUACAGGCUGUGGAUCUACUCGUGCAACCUGGUUUUGCUCGUGAGUGUCGUCGCAUUCGUGUCACUGGCCGCGUGGAUCGUGUCCGACUUUCGCAUGUCGCUCUUUCCCUCCAUCGACCUCCGCCACCCGAGUCUUCUCUACGCCUACCUUGCCCUGGCCCUGCAAGGUGGCAUCCUUCAGGCCAUCGGAUGCAUCGGAGCCAUCCGCAUGAACGAGCGUCUUCUCAACGUCUACUGGACCCUCAUGUUGCUCCUGCUCUUCGGUGACGUCGUCCUCGGGGUGGUGUGGCUCUUCCGAUUCCACUACCUGUCCGGCCACUUGAAGGAAGAACUCCGAACCCGUCUCGGCGAACAGUACGGCGUCGAUCCCGAGUUCCAGAUGCUGUGGGACAGGUUGCAGAACGAGCAGGGCUGUUGCGGAGUGGACGGUCCAAAGGACUUCAGCAGCAGCGAGUGGCUGAAAAAGGAGAGGCAGGACUUUCCCCAGCACAGACAGAUGGUGCCUCGCAGCUGCUGCAAGCUGAGACCUUCUCUGAGAGAGCCCGAACCCCUCAAUUUGACGUGCGUCGAGACAGACCGAAAUCCGGCACUCAUCCAUCUUCCCGGUUGCUACGAAGCGGUCCACAGGUGGCUGCAACACGCCGCCGACAUUCUGUGUGUGCUCGGCUUUUGUGUCAUCGCAUUCCUCAAACUCUGCUUCCUCGGUAUACUCCGCUACGAGAUACGGGAGAUGAUACAGAAGAUCAAAGUGUUGCGGGACAUGACCGAAUCUCCCGGACUUAUGGACCCCACUGGUCCGGCCAGUCUGCUGCCUGGUCCGGCCAUGGCCGCAAAACUGAGACGGCAGCGGAGCAGCACUGAACAACCUCCGAAACAACCCCCCAACGGGAACAACAACGAGGCUGAGCCUUCUUCUUCCCCCACGAAGAAGAACUCCAGCCCCGAGUGACAGUCACUCUUCCGAUUGAGUACCUAACAAAGUAUAUAUAACAAGCGACUGGGGUUGGCCUAACUCUCCGGCGGGCCGUCUUUUAUCCAGUCACCUAAAAGAGACGGUAGUGAGAGAAGAGUUACACAGUUACAAACCUAACUUCGCAUUCAUGUAAAUAUAUAAACACGUAAACACAUAUAUACACACGAGCACAACAAAAGGCCUACAUUGAGAAAGGUGCAAUUUAUUGAAUACAGCGAGAAUGGCAGAAUCACUGGACUUUCUACUUUUCAAAACGCUUUUAAUUUCUGAAAAAGAAAUCCGCAAUAACUUUUCCGCUUUUAAUAAAAGUCACUGAAUUCGUCGAAGCCAUUGACAUUCCACUAAGGAGCUUUAACCAGGCCUUUCUUUUAUUUCCUUUCAUUUUCUAUAAAAAGCAAAUGCGAGCUUCUUGCAAUUUUUAAUUUAUCGAUCUGAAAAUACCAAAUUCGUAACAAACCAGCGGUAAUGCAAGGGUCACCUAGACCCAUUUAUCCGUUCUUCAUUGAGUCUAUUACGUUCCUAAAGGCCCAAAUCUUAACAAGGCUCAUGGAUUUCUUUCAAAAUGUCCAUGUUUGUAAUACAGCAGAAUUUUUUUCUCAGUUCGCUCAAGUGUAUUUGCUUGAAAGAUUCAAUAAAUCGCAUCGGUAGGCUUUGUGCACUCGGAUACACAUCUAUCUCUACCUAUCUAUCUAUAUAUAGGAGCUUUAUCCAGCGGUGAUCCGACGGACGGCUUUCGAGGAGAUAUUUCUAUAUAUCCACGUUCUCUUUCUCCAUUUUCGUCUUAGACACUUUCUACAAAAGCAUAGAGUCAGAUAUUUUCUUUAGAGAGCUUUUCGUACAAAGAGAAAAGAUAAUGUAGAAGUUCAUUCUCAUAUCACGGACUGAUGGGCAUUUUUCCCUUCUUUAGGAAAUGUUAACUCAAACAUGACAUGUCACAAUAAUAAAUACAGUAAAACCUCUCUAGGGCGACUACAUUUUUUUUUCGUUGGAUUCCGGUUUUAAAGAAAGAUUCUUCUUUUCUUUAUAUAUGAGGAUAAAUCUUUUUUUCAAUGCUCUUAUGCAAAACUUUAUUUUAUUUCAAAUAUGUAAGGGCGAGAUUUAAUCUGACAAGAGUAUUGCAUAUAUUCCUUACUAUCAUCAACAAUUCAUUAAUUUUGAAAUAUAUCAUUUUAAAAAAAUUUUAAACGUUACUCAAAACUUAGUUAAUAAAGCUGAAGAUGUUGAAUCACACAAAACUAGAUUCUGAUAACAAAGAAAAAGAAAAGAAAAAUUAAUCAGAGAAGUUACUGCAUUUUUUUUUCUAAGUUAGUCUCAUGCCAAAAGUCUUUCAAAAGUAGUUCUUAUUCUUAAUAACUAAUGUGGCAAUCUGAACGAAUUUUUGUAUUAAUAAAUUACAGAUUACAAAGCUUUACAACAGCUUUUACCGUUGUUAUCUUUAUAAACAACAAACUAGAAAUUUUAAUUUUCUGCUUUAGGCCAUUACAUGGUGUUCUCUGCUAAAACUAGUAUUUUGUGCCAUGAUUUCCAAAAAAAUCUUUGGUUUUACCAAAUGAAUAAUUUUGGGAAAGCAUUUACCACGCAAAUAUUUAAUAAAUCAUAAAUCAAAGGUCAAAAUAAUAAAAUAAAAAAUCAUAAAUAAAGGUCAAAAUAAUAAAAUAAAAAAUCAUAAAUAAAGGUCAUAAUAAUAAUAAAAGUCAAAUAAAGGUCAAAUAAAUCAAAAGAAUUUAUUUGACAUAUCAAAAAUUUCUUACACGAUGCCCAAUUUACUUUUAAAACUACAAAUUAGCUAGUCCCAUUUUUAUUUUUAUCACUUGACUGGAGUUUUUAAUAGUCUAAAGUUUUAGAUUUAUGAAAAUUAAAGCAAAAGAAACACUAUUCAGACAAUUAAAGGAAAUUUUGGACAUUUUUUUUCAGAAAUUUGGUAUUUUAUGACAGAGAAGGCAGUCCGGGAAUUUAUUUUAUUGAUAAUAGUUGGCAAAUUCUUAAAUGUUCUUGCCUGAUUAUGGAGUUUGGAUUUAAACUGAAUGGCGUUCAGAAAAGAAAAAUAGUUUGACAAUUUUAAAUCUUUUUAAACAAUUAGAACAUGUCUUAUGAAUAAAAUUUGGCACAAAACUUGACCCGGAUAGUGGAUUAAUAAUUAAUAUAUUCAUUCAUUGAUUAUACUUGGCGUCCCAAAUGAAUGGAUUUUGAAAAUUAAUUUAAAAAAACGAAAUGCGGAUAGAAUUUUAUCCCACCAAUUUGCAAAUUUAGUUAAUCAUGCCAUCUCUAGAUGGCAUUUCAAAAUAAAAAAAAUUAAAACCGAUAUGAAAAUGUAAAAAACGGUAAUGUAAGAAAUGGUAUGAAAUGUUCAAUGCCUAUUUGCAACAGUAACAUUGAGUAGUUUGGGGCAAAAAUUUUCAAAUAUCAUUUCGGUUUAGCUACAAUUGUUGCAAAUCCUUUGGAGCACUACCUAUCGGUGAUAAUAUUAACUUAAUUUGCAAUUUGAUGGAAUGAAAUUACCUGAUUUCCCAUUUGAAAGGCUACAAACUAUACAUUUCUAUCGCAUUUUCAAAAUUUAUAUGUUCAUUUUUAAGACACCCGGUAAAUACUGCUUAUACCAGAUUUCCAAAAACCUUUAAUCUACCUUAUUGCGCAAUCUACCUUAAUUUAAUCUACCUUAUUUCUUUAUCGUGUAUUUCAAUGACACACUCCGCUGUAAGAAUGUAUCGCCCUUUUCAUCCAAACAGGAACUACAAGGUACCUGGACCAUUUUGACCCAACAAUCAGUUUUAUUUCAAUAAAUAGAUAUUAACUACAUACCUCUAAUUUACAGCCUCAAAAAGUCUGAAACAUAUAAUUGAUUCACUAAUCUACGUUACCUGCAUUUUGGAAAACAAAGAGAUCCGAAACAAAUAUUAUAAUCUCGUGUCAAAUUAAACUCCUAAAUAAGACUAUACCUAACACAUAAAAGGUUACUUUGCAUAUCAAAAGAUUAAGUAACAUGUUAAUUACUAUCAGAUACCCAUCUGAAAUACGCACUUUAAAAUUAGGCCUCGCUUACAUAAGCUCCUACUAAAGGAAAUGGUUUCUAUAGGGUGGUGUUCGCAUAGAGAUAUUUUACUGUAUUUCAUUUAGAUAUAAACAAGAGAUCAACAUGCGAUGGUAAAACGCUUGUUGAUUAAUAACACGUUUGCACUUGUUUACUGUAUAGAGUUUCAAUUUAUCGAAAGAAAAGUUGUAAAAAAUUAUAAUAUUAAGUAAAUACUGUACAAAAUUUUAAAAAGAAUGGAAUCUAUUCAUCUAGUUUGAAUAAAAUAAAUAAAAUUUUAGAUUCUUGGAGCAAAGUAAAUAAUAAUAGCUAAAUUUGUCAAGUGCCUCAAUAAUGUAUUGGCGAUCGCAAAAUGUGAUAGUAAAUAGCAUUGAAAGCACUAUAUCACCACAUAUCAGAUAUUCCGAAUUCUGAAAUUGCAACACAUUGUAUAAUUUAAACAAUUACAUGGUGGUCGUCUGAAGUAUGAGUGUCUCUUUCAAUUUACAUAUCGUCCAAAUGAGUUUUAUCCAAGAGUUUUGAUUGUAAUUUAAGUUAAUUUAAAAUCAAACAAAUAAAUAGAAAAAAAAUAAAAACAGCUAGUAAAGUUUAAAUGCCCAUAUCAAUAGAAAAUUUUUUGCAAUUCUUUUUUUUUUUUUUCCUUAUUUUUAGCGUAUUAUGAAAAGUUGAUAAAAAAUUAGCACAAACUAUAUUAGGAAAUUCGUGAUCGUAUGUUUGGAUGAAUGUUAUAAUUAAAUGAAAAUUAGACCUAGGUUAGUAAAAAGAUGGCAUGAAGUUAGAUUUAUAGUAUGCUAUAAAUAGAUAACGGCAGCAGAGGAUCCAUAAAAACUAUAUACAAUUUCAUUUAAGUACUCAGAUCCUUUAAAAAUUAUAAAAUAGGUACUCACUUAUAUUUUUCUUUAAAUAAUUAUUUUGUAUUUAUGAUGAAGUUUGGAAUUUGAAUCACCUAUAUGAUAGUAAAAAAGACUACAAAUCCAUUAAAAUAUGUCACUGUUAUAUAUCACUUAUUUCAGUAUAUCUUAGUACCUACCUUAUCAAUUAUUAACCCUUUGCACUCGGAAGCGUAAUUCGAUUCAUAAUUAUUCUUCUAAUACAAGGGCUCGUUUAUUGUUCCUAAAAAUAAAUAUAUAUAAUUGUUUUAAGAUGAAAUUCCUUGAAAAAUUAAUCUACAUCGUUUUUAUCAUUCUGCAGGCUAUUUUAACAAUCAAAAUUGAAAAAUAAAUAAAACGUCAAAAUGAUGCACCGUCUUGAAUGAUAAUAGAAAGGCACCAUCCGAGUACAAAGGGUUAAAAUAAAGAAAUAAACGAACCAAUAAGGAGGAGGGAAAAUUUAGACAGAAAAACGAUCGGGUUAGGACCUUGGUAAAACAGAAGAAGAAUUUCCAAACUUGUACAUAUUCGGAUCCUUACGGAAUUCUGUAAGUCAUGAAUUUAAGAAAAAGAUUAGAUUCACAAAUUUUCAUUUCUAGUAAUGAAACCAAGAACAGGAAGUGUUAACAAGGAAAUAAAAAAUAGUUUUUAGACCAAAUUUUAGCUUGAAAUUCUCUGAGUACAAAUCCAUAUUAAUAGAUCGAAAUAUCAUAGAAUCUAGACUCCUCCUCAUAGAAAAUAAGCUACCAAUCCUAAAAGAUGAGCUGACUCAACAAUAGCCCAAAUUUGGAGGCACACAUAUCAGAUGACAUAAAGCAAAUAUCACUUUAUCCUCGAGGUGAUGAUUAGAAGCAUAGCAGAGCCUCGCAACUCCUUCAAAGACGUUCUUUUUAUCGCAGAUACGAUCGAAAUGCCCAGGAAUUUGUGGGUUUUCAAACAGUGCCACCACUAGGAAAAGACCGAAUACCAAUAGUUCAGAACUUGACUCCUAUUCUUCAAUCAACGGUGAUAUCUGUUGCAUCUCAUCACUUUUUUAGCGCAAUUCUUUUUUUUUAGGAAAUUGAAUUUGAAUUCUUUUUUAAAAACAAUUAGCAUUCAUAGAUUUCUCAGAUGUCACAAAAUACAAUGCAGUGGUAUAACAAAACAGUUUUUUUGUUUGUUUGUUUCUUAUCAAUGAUUUAAAAGUUUAAAAUUUUUUGCAUUUAUUAAGUACUGUUAUAAAGCAUAAGAAUGUUAUGAUUAUCCAAUGGAUAACCAUAAUGUUGUCGAAUUACAGAAGGAACUCAUUCAUUAACGUUUGAAAAAUUAAAUCUAAUUUUAAGAAUCAGAAACAUACAGCAUAUGACUGCAUUUUCUGAAAAAAGCAUUUUUUAAAUUAUUUAAAUGCAAAUUUAAAAAUUGAUUAAUAAAUUCAAUUUGUAAAUCAAAGAGUUUCAUCUGUAAGAUCGAAGUAUAUAAGAAUCUAAUAUCUCAUCAUCUUUUCUUUCUCUAUUUCAUUGAAUCCAAGCAUAAAAAUUCCAUUUACACACACAUACAUACAUAUUAUAUAUAUAUCAUUUACUUGAGUUAUCAUAUAAUACAUUUAAUCCAGGUAACCACUAUGAAUAUUGUUAUUCAUUUUUUUAUGAAAUGUUUUAUUUACAAAUCGUACUGAACUUUGUUGAUUUUCUGCUAUCACUCAGCAUUCAAGAAUACAGUCGACAAAACUAUUCUGUUUCUUAGAAUAAAAACACCACCACGGCAAUUGCUGCACUUCUUCUCAAAAAGAGCAAAAAGGGUGCAGCACCCACAACUGUGGCCACUAAACCGCUUCGUAGCAAAAUGUCAAAGUACGAACAAGGGCACAAAAGGUAAAAAUGAUCCUUGAGAUCAAGCAAGCCCUAAAAACUUUUUUCCAAGUAUUACAUAUUCUAGAAAAAUACGUUACAUACAUAAGCUAAUUAUUAUAUAGGGCCUAUGUAAAUAAAUAUCUAGAAGAUUUAAAAAAAAUAAAAGGUCUUGCGAGAUGAAGAGGUGACAUUGCAGAAUUGUGUUGCGGCAUGCCAUGUAGCAUUUUUGUGGCCUUCAAUGCGAUGGACUGUCCAUGUUUCUAUAUCAAAGUGGCAUGGUGUAUGAUUGGUGAAUAUCAAAUAUUUCAUAUAUAUAUAUAUGUAUACAAGAAAUGUUGGGGCCAUCGCUCUCGCCGUUUCCAUUUUCUCAAGAAAGUCUCAAUGCCGUCUCUAUUUCCAAGAGGUGGUGUGCCGUGGGGAAAAAAAAUCCAGCAUGAAGACUAUUCGUGAUAUGUUGAUUGAUGUCAGUCACUGUUGUUAAUGUUGUUGUUGUUGAAAGGUGUCAGAAUGCAAACAAAAUUUUAAAGAAAGGAUGUUUUCUUUUUAUUUCAUAAAAUAAAACCGUUGGGUGAAGAGACGAGAGCGAUCAAGAUCCCGACAGUGACCGAAAGGUGGCCUUUCGAUUAGCAUUCCAGAUUCCCCCCAACAUAAAAAAAAAAGAGCUUGAAAUGAGAAUGGUGCCGCGGAAAUAUAUGAAAAGAGAUGUGUAAAACAUUUAAAGUAAAAUUAUUGAAAAUAAAAUGAAUCGCACAAUUCGUGCUAAACCUUAAUAAAGUUAUCUAUACCAUUA